GGCUCACCCACAGCCCCAAUGCGGUUCUUCGACACAAAAACCCGCCACACGCCUGAGGGAAGGGAUUUAAACUCAGCUGUUCCUGAUCCUGGGAGCACAGCUCGACGCCGAGUGCUUUGGGGGUGAUGAAUACUACUGAAAUGCGCCCUGGGGCCACCAGGACCAUGGCCACGGGCGAGCUGACGGAGCUGGAGGCGGCCAUCGAGAAGAUCGUCACCGUCUUCUUCACCCACGCGGGGCAGGAGGGCAGGAAGGGGACGCUGACGGCCGCCGAGUUCAAGGAGCUGGUCCAGCUCCAGCUGCCCAACCUGAUGAAGGACGUCCCCUCCCUGGAUGAGAAGAUGAAGGAGCUGGACGUCAACCACGACGAGGAGCUGAGAUUUGGGGAGUACUGGCGGCUGAUCGGGGAGCUGGCCAAGGCCAUGAGGAGGGAGAGAGCGGGGAAGAAGCAGUGAUGGGGGUCCACGUGGGGCUAAAUAAAAGAGGUUUCCCCCCCA